UAUACAAAUGCCACAUUUUGACAUUUUUAAAACAUUUCCCUCUUCAUUGAAAAUGACAACUGGAUUGGUGUUGUUUGUUGAGGUUUGUUGUCAAAUUUCGUUUGUCACUGUCAGAAUAAUUCAUACAAUAUUCCUAUUUUCUUAUUCACUUCGGACUCGGUGGGUCAGCUAUUUUAGUUCUAUUGUUGACUGAACUGAAUAUUAAAGUGGAAAUAAUUCAUAACAUACAAAAUGCUGCGCAGUAUUGUGGAGUAUUAUGCAGAACAUGAACAGUAUAGAUGUGGAUACUGUAAGAGCCCUGAUACCAAUUAUAGUCAUGGUAUGUGGGCUCAUGCCAUGACUGUAAGCGAUUAUCAAGAUUUAAUUGAUAGAGGAUGGAGGCGGUCAGGAAAAUAUUGUUAUAAGCCUACAAUGGAUGUUACUUGUUGCCCCAUGUAUACUAUACGAUGCAGAGCGUUAGAGUUCAAACUGACUAAAUCUCAAAAGAAAGUGGUGAAGCGCGUGAACAAGAUACUGGCUAGUCAAGAUGCCUCUGCAUCAGCAGGUGAUGGUAACAGGAAGAUGUCUACCUGCAGCAGUGGUAGUGAAGUACUGGCUGAAGGGUUCGAGGAAGGAGGUGAACAGUUCAUUGAAACUAUGAGGGACCAUCAAGAUUUGAACUUUGACAUUAUAAAGAACAGUGAACUUUUAGACUGCAGUGCUGGGGAACAAGCUGGAGAUAGUAUCACCCAGAAGGACUUGGCAAAGAAAAAUGAACCUAAACCCAAUUCUUCACAGGAGAAAGUGGUCAAGAAAGAAUUGCAGGAACAGGAACCUAUUACUAAUAAACCCUCACGUAAGAAGGCGAAGCAGUAUAGGCGAGAGAGGCGAUUAGAAAAACUUAAAGAGAAGGGCAUUAACGAGGUCCCUCCGUACACGCCCAGGUUCAAAGAGAAACACCUCGAGGACUUUCUGAACGAAUUACCCGAUGAUGUCAAACAUAAGCUAGAGAUAAAGUUGGUAAGAACAGCACCUCCUAGCCCUGAAUGGCUGGCGACGUCGAAGCAGUCUCAUGAAGUGUAUGUCAAGUAUCAAACGACGAUACAUGAUGACAAACCUGAUAAAUGCACGGAACCAAAGUUUCAUGACUUUUUAGUACACAGUCCUUUGUUGGAAGAACAUACCGAGGAUGGUCCGGAGAGUGGGUACGGGUCGUUCCACCAGCAGUACUGGUUGGAUGGCAAGAUCAUCGCCAUCGGAGUCAUAGACAUACUGCCCAAGUGCGUGUCUUCUGUUUACUUCUUCUACGACCCGCAGUAUAUGAACAUGACUUUAGGAACUUAUGGAGCGCUGAGGGAGAUCGAGUUCACUAAACAAUUGCACUCUGUGUGCCCAAAAAUCGAGUAUUACUACAUGGGAUACUACAUACACACCUGCCGUAAGAUGCGGUAUAAAGGAAACUUCUUCCCAUCAGACUUGUUGUGCCCAGAGACCUAUAAGUGGUUCCCAUUGGGAGACUGUAUUCCUAAGCUAGAAGUGACGCCAUACUCGAGGCUCAAUCCUGACGUGGACGGCACGGAUGACAAUUAUCCUGAAGAAAGCGAUAUAAAUUAUAUCCCUAUGUGGGUGAACGGAGUCAUAAUGUUAUACAGACAUUACAAGAGGCACACAAAUGCCAAAGACACUGAAGAUCUCAUAGAAUACGCACGUCUGGUCGGCACCAAAUCAUUAAAGAGUUUAAUUUUAGUACGAUAGACUUAACUUAUUAAUAGUCCUUAUUCCAAUCAAUUACAAGCCAUAAUUGAGUUUUAAAACUAAGCUUUUAGUGUUUUUAAGUCCUUGCAUAAAUUCGGAGUGUUUACGUCAAUGCAAUAAACUUUUAAAAUAAAAAUAUUUAUUACUUGUACUUGAUUACCACCAAACUUAAUUAUAAUGUGUGAUACUUUCGGUGUUUUUGUCUGUUUCUGUAUGGGAACCACAAUUGAUGCUUAGAUUUACAUACAUAGCUACAUUAAAUAGUAUUAAUGUAUGGAUUAACGAAGCGUGAAUCUUGGAAUUUUAAUAACAUGUUCUUUUGUUGUGAACAUGAGAACGGCGAAUAGUUGGUAAUAGACCUUGUAAAGGGAAUGGCUGUCACACUACCGGCUCGCGUGUCACCGUAUCACGUCAACUUAAUGUAGACCUAUACAGUAUACAUACAUGUUAUUUAUUUACAUUUUACUAAAGAUAUGAAGCUCUCUGUAUACCAGUCAGAUAAGUAGACACUUAGAAUUUUUUCAACUAUAUUGCUGUACAGAAUGAAGCUUUAACACCGUGUUUUAAAGCUUUAAUAAUGUUGUAUUAAUAAUUGAAAGUCAUAUGAGUCUACAAAUAUAAGUGUUUUCAGCCUAACCCUAAUUGUAUUUCGGUUUUCGUUAUAAUCAAAUCCAACAUAAAUUCCUUUGCUAUCAAUAAAUGGGCAAAUCGAAAUCAGAAAUAAAUUCUAGAGUAGUUCUAUAAAAAAGUUAAAACGUUCUAAAUUUUAAUUAUUAACAAUAAUUUGUGUGUAAGGCCGAUAAAAUAAAUAAUAAAAAAACUGUUAAUCACGUUUAAUAUUUUAAUAAUAUCAAUUGAAUAAUAAAUAGGUGUUGUAACGGUGUAUAUAAUCAAUUUUACCCUUCAAAUAUAUAAUUCCUCAUAUCAUACUUUUAUCUGGAAAAAGUAAAAGUAUAAAAUUACUUAAUUGUAUAAGUAGGUAGUAAAAAAUGUGUAACUUGACCAUUGAUAAACUGCAACUAUAUUGUUCGAAUGUCUACUAUUUUAUUGUUUGUUCCUAUCUGAAAUAAUAAAAUAAAACUUUAUUUUAAUUAUUUAUGAUUCCCAAACCAAAAUUGACGCCGUAUACUCAAACUCUAGAUACAUAAUGAUAUUCUUUGAAUCCAGACCUUGAAUGUUAAGGCUUUGACAGUUAUUAGAAAACUGUCGAAGGCAAAUCCUUCGCUAACGUCACCGGUGACCCUCAUGGCAUUUCAUGUGUUCACAUCACACAUCAACAGCCUAUAAAUGUCCACUGCUGAGCAAAGCCUCUUCUCACACGAAUUAUAAGCCCAGGU